CAACUCAACCCCUCGUCUUUCUCUCUCUCUCUCUCACCUUGACUUGUCUUUCCUCACCUCUGUAAUUCACGUUCUAGGGUUCGCACCUCCCACUCCAAAGUCUCAACAUGGCUUCAUCUAUCGAGGAAGGUGCUGAACUGUAAAUUGAUAUUCUUCUCCCAACCGCAAUUUCAGAUUCCAUAAACUAAAACUUCUGGAGGGGAAAGGGAUUUAGAGAAGGGGCUGAUGACUCCUCCGCCGCCGAAUCAGAACCAAAACCCUCUGGGGGAGCCGUCGCCAUCGCCGUCACCGUCAUCGGCGACUGCUCCGGCUCUGGUUUUGUCAAAUUCUGGCAAGCGGAUCGAUCAGGCCGGGAAGAAGAAGUACGUGAAGCAGGUCACCGGCCGCCACAACGACACCGAGCUACAUUUGGCGGCGCAGCGUGGUGAUCUGGCCGCGGUGAAACAGAUUCUUGGCGGUAUCGAUUUGCAGAUGGUGGGGACUCUGAGCGGAGCAGAUUUUGAUUCUGAGGUUGCAGAAAUUCAGGCCUCGGUUGUGAAUGAAGUGAAUGAAUUGGGAGAGACCGUGUUGUUUACCGCGGCAGAUAGAGGUCAUCUUGAUGUUGUGAAGGAGUUGCUCAAGUAUGCAAAUAAGGAAAGUAUUUCGAAGAAGAAUCGGUCUGGUUUCGAUCCUCUGCAUAUAGCCGCAACUCAAGGACACCAUGCCAUUGUCCAGGUGCUGCUAGAUCAUGAGCCAGAGCUAUGUAAAACAACGGGCCCAUCAAAUGCAACCCCUCUUAUAUCUGCUGCAACAAGAGGGCAUACAGCCGUAGUUCGUGAACUUCUAUCAAAGGAUUGUAGCUUGUUAGAUAUUUCUAGGUCCAAUGGCAAAAAUGCAUUGCAUUUAGCUGCCAGACAAGGUCAUGCGGAUAUUGUGAAGGCAUUGCUCGACAAAGAUCCACAAUUGGCAAGGAGGACAGACAAGAAAGGGCAGACUGCAUUGCAUAUGGCUGUAAAAGGGGUUAGUUGUGAGGUGGUGAAAUUGCUACUUGAGGCUGAUGCAGCCAUUGUGAUGCUUCCAGACAAGUUUGGCAACACAGCAUUACAUGUAGCCACCAGGAAAAAGCGAGCAGAGAUCGUGAAUGAAUUGUUACACCUCCGAGACACCAAUGUUAAUGCACUGACCAGAGAUCACAAAACUGCUAUUGACAUAGCCGAAGAGCUUCCCCUCUCAGAGGAAUCUUCUGCGAUAAAAGACUGCCUUUAUCGCGCUGGUGCUGUUAGAGCUAAUGAAUUGAACCAACCAAGGGACGAGUUGAGGAAUACCGUGACUCAGAUUAAGAACGACGUCCACACGCAGCUUGAACAAACCAUGAGGACCAACAAAAAUGUUCAUGGGAUUGCUAAAAAGCUCAGAAAACUCCAUAGAGAAGGGAUCAAUAAUGCUACCAACUCAGUAACUGUGGUGGCCGUGCUUUUCGCUACAGUUGCCUUUGCAGCUAUUUUCACCGUACCUGGUGGUGACAAUGACAAUGGGAUGGCAGUGGUGGCAAGCAGUAUUUCAUUCCAAAUUUUCUUCAUCUUUAAUGCCAUUGCACUAUUUACAUCUUUGGCUGUUGUGGUCGUUCAGAUUACAUUGGUUAGAGGUGAAACAAAAGCCGAGAGAAGGGUAGUCGAGGUGAUUAACAAGUUGAUGUGGUUGGCUUCUGUUUGCACUUCUGUGGCGUUUAUGGCCUCGUCUUAUAUAGUGGUUGGUCGGAAGCAUGAGUGGGCUGCAAUUUUGGUUACAGUUGUUGGGGGGGUGAUAAUGGCCGGGGUUCUUGGCACCAUGACUUAUUAUGUAGUUAAAUCAAAAAGGAGCCGAUCAAUAAGGAGGAGGGUUGCAAGGAGUGGAUCAACCUCGUGGCAACACUCUGAGUUCUCCAAUUCUGAAAAUGAUCGGAUUUAUGCCCUUUGAUGUGAGCAUUUUAAGCAUCAAAUGGAAAAUUGUGUGGAGCAAAGCCGCAAGUGUUGUUUGUAGUGGCCUUCCUAAAAGACCACUAAUGGAGGUAGUGUUGUUGUCUACAUUCUGCUAUUGUAAGUUUGAAGAGGAGAUUGUUCAUGUAUUUUGGGCUAAAGGGAAAAAUGCAAAAGCUGUGGUUACUUUCAUUUUGUGCUUUAUUUAUAGAGUUUGAAGCCCUAUUAAGGUUCCCAAUAUCUGCAAAGAGGUUAGAGAGUACUCUGUAGUUUGAAAUUUUUUCAGAAGGUGCCAAUGGUUGUGGUCCGAGUUUCAAAGUCUCUGAUUAGUUGGUUAAUUAGUUAAUCUCUUGACCCAAAUACUAGAGAAACCAAAAUAACUUGUGCGUGAAAUGACUCGUCUUUACUGUCAUUUUUUGGCUACAAGAACAUGGGUUGUUGGUCAUGUGAAGCUAUGCUUUCUGGAAUUGCCCGACGUUGGGAUUAGAGGGUCGAUAUUUGAACGUCUUGGAGUAGUCGGUUUUUCUCAACUGUUUUAAGCAUUCAUAUGUAUUAUUCAGAGCCCACUGAAGGCUAAUUAUGUCUAAAUCUUCUGACUGGUUGUCAUCAUCAACCGACAGUGCAACUCCAAAGGUUGGUGUACUGUAGAUUAUGGGUACAAAUUUGCCAUCAUUCCACCAACUCUUUUGGAGAACAUUUAUGUGAAUUAUCUUUGACAUCCCAUCAUCAAAAUUAUAUAUUUGUAUCUUGAUA